AUGAGCUUGUCAGAUGGGAUUGUUUUAACUACCCCUGUUGAAAUUCACAAAUCUGCAGUUGAUUAUUUCCAAAAUUUUUUGGGUCAGUCUGCCACCCAUGUUCUACCGAACCUGAAUGAUCUGGUCUCCCCUAUUAUUACUAAUAAGGAGAACCUGGCCAUUGGUAGAGCCCCUACCAUAGAGGAUGUUAAGGAUGCCCUUUUUACCAUUCCCAUUGAAAGUAGCCUCAGGCUUGAUACCUUCGGCUCCGAUUUUUUCAGAGACUGUUGGGGUUUGGUUAAAGAUGAUCUUCUUGCUGCCACUAAGGAUUUCUUCCAGAACUACUUUUUCCUUAGGUGCUUUACUGCUUCUGCUAUCGUGUUAAUUCCCAAGAUGGACAAGCCUACGGGCUUCGACAAAUUUCGGCCUAUUAGCCUCUGCUCCAUGGUUUAUAAGAUUUGUUCUAAACUUAUUGUGGCUCGCCUAACUAGCUUGCUCCCUAAAAUGAUAUCGCAGGAACAAUGA